CGGAGCGGAGAGCGCAGCCCCCAAAGCACAGCGCCGGCCGCUGCAGCUUGGUGGGCGUCGCCGGGGCAGCCGCCGGGCUUCCUGCGGUGCCCGCAGUGUCCUCGGACCCGCAUAAGGCCCAGGAUACAAAUGGAAGCUUUGCGGUCUGUGAGAUUGUGGUUUUGACACGCAGCCAAGGUGCUGACACCAGAUAUCUGCAAUACCCUCAGAGCGUGAUCCAUACUAUAGAUUUAAUGAUGUGAUGUACAGAUGGAUCUCAUUAGAUAACUGGACUUACAGCAGGACAUUCAAAACUCCUUUUGACGUCAGAAAGUGGCAGAAAGUGAAUUUGGUUUUUGAGGGAGUGGAUACAGUAGCACAGAUCCUGCUCAACAAUGUCACUCUCGGGAGAACAGACAACAUGUUCAACAGAUACAGCUUUGAUAUUGCCCGUGUGAUCCAGGAGGUCAAUUUUGUUGAAGUCCGUUUCUUGUCAGCCGUUUCGUACGCAGCAGAGCAGAGCAGAUGUCACAAAGCACACAGCAUCCCCCCGGCGUGCCCUCCACCUGUGCAGCAAGGGGAGUGCCACGUUAAUUUCAUCAGAAAGGAGCAAUGUUCAUUUAGUUGGGAUUGGGGCCCUUCUUUUCCCACUCAAGGAAUCUGGAAAGAUGUUAGGAUUGAGGCCUAUAACCAUUAUCACUUGAUUUACUUUUCAAUAACUCCUUUCUUUGUAAAGAAUGCUCAGCAGUGGUAUCUUGAAGUCGAGUCUAUUUUUGACGUAGUCAGCUCCAAGCCAAUUGCAGGUCUUGUGACUGUGAACAUUCCCAAGUUGCAAACGCAGCAAACGUUCAAUGUGAAACUUCAACCUGGAGAAGGCAGCAUUGUGCUGCUUGUAAACAUCAACAAGAGUGCUGCAGUGGAGGCUUGGUGGCCAAAUGGGCAUGGAAAGCAAACUGGAUACAACAUGACAACAACUUUUAUGAUGGAGGCAGGAUGCCAGAUUGAGAAGGUUUCAAAGGUUUAUUUUCGGACAGUAGAACUUGUUCAGGAGCCUAUUCCUGGCUCACCAGGUCUGAGUUUCUACUUCAGAAUCAAUGGUCGACCCAUUUUUAUUAAGGGCUCAAACUGGAUUCCAGCAGAUUCUUUCCAGGACAGAGUGACCUAUGACACGCUUAGGCUACUCUUGAAGUCUGCAGCAGAUGCUAACAUGAAUGCCCUGCGGGUUUGGGGAGGAGGAGUAUAUGAACAAGAUGAAUUUUAUGAUAUUUGUGAUGAAAUAGGAAUAAUGAUUUGGCAGGAUUUUAUGUUUGCGUGUGCGCUGUAUCCAACCAACCAGAAUUAUUUAGAAUCUGUAAGAGCAGAAGUUUCUCAUCAGGUCCGACGUUUAAAAUCUCAUCCAUCAAUUAUUCUGUGGAGUGGUAACAAUGAAAACGAAGCAGCAAUUGCAGGCAACUGGUUCUCCAUACCUGCUCCUGACAGAGGAGUCUACAUCAAGGACUACGUGACCCUUUAUGUGAAGAACAUACGUGAAAUAGUUCUUAGUGAAGAUAAAAGUCGUCCUUUUGUUGCAUCCAGUCCCACCAAUGGCUUGGAGUCAGUUAAAGAAGGCUGGCUCUCCCAGGAUCCUUAUGACACCCAUUAUGGUGAUACACACUUUUAUGACUACAACAGUGACUGCUGGAACUGGACAGUGUAUCCUAGAACUCGUUUUGCUUCAGAGUAUGGCUUUCAAUCCUGGCCUUCCUUUAGUACAAUUGAAAAGGUUUCCUCUCCUGAAGACUGGUCCUACACAAGCAAUUUUUCUCUCCAUCGACAACACCAUGAAGGUGGCAAUAUUCAGAUGCUACAAGAGAUUGAGCGUCAUUUCAAGCUUCCCCAGAGCCCAGAUCCUGUAAAGAAGUUCAAAGAUAUGAUUUACCUCACUCAGGUGAUGCAGGCUCAGUGUAUAAAGACAGAAACUGAAUUCUAUCGUUUUAGUCAAAGUGAAAUAAUCAAUGGAGAAGGACACACAAUGGGAGCUCUGUACUGGCAACUCAAUGACAUUUGGCAGGCUCCUUCCUGGGCUUCCUUGGAGUAUGGUGGUAAGUGGAAACUGCUCCAUUAUUUUGCCCAGAACUUCUUUGCACCACUGCUGCCUGUGGCCUAUGAAGACAAAGGGAUGUUGCACAUUUAUAGUGUCUCAGAUUUUCAUGAGGACCACAAGCUGACUUUGAGGGUUGUUGUGCAUGCCUGGAGCUCUUUGGAGCCUGUAUGCAUCCUUGCCAAAGAAGGUGUGACUGUUAAAGCACAGAGUGCUCUCCCCAUCUACAAGGAGUCCAUCAGUGACCUUCUGGAAAGAUGCAGAAAUUGUACCAGGAAAAGCUGUAUUGUUACUUUCUGUCUCGUGGGAGAAGAUGGGUUCCAGAGUCCUACAAACUAUUACUUCCUUUCAUCACUCAAGGAUGCUGUGGGAUUAGAAAAGACCCAGCUUAGUGCCUCUGUAUCCCAACAAGAUGAUACUUACAUUUUUGUUCUUCAGACCACUGCAAUUGCUCCUUUUGUUACUCUGGAUGUAGGGAGUAUAAAAGGCAGAUUUAGUGAUAAUGGUUUCCUCAUGACUGAAAAGAAGAAAGUGGUUGUGUUUUAUCCUUGGGAACCUACCAGUGUUGAAGAACUAGAAAGUUCACUAACCUUGACCUCUCUACUGGACGUUGUCUGAGAAUACUUCAUUUCCUUCUGGAUAAAGAGUGAAACAGGGGGAGAAAAAAAAAUUAGAAGAAUUUAACUGAAGCUGAAGUGACAUACACUUUGAGCUGGAUGAAGAACAUACAUUCCUGUCAUAUGAAUUUUAACUGCUGGUUCAAUGUAAAGAUACCAACAGCAAAGCUUGCAUAUAAUAUAUGUGGUGUAUUGAAAGCACAUCCAUAUUUUUUUCUAAUUUCAUUAUGCUGUGAGUGGAAAUUCGUUUUAGGAUAACAGCAAGGUAUGCUGGGGGCAUUCCAAGGGAGAAGGACAGGGAGUGAGGCUGGGACUAUGUCCAGUAGGCCACCGAGCCACUCUGCGGGCAGGUUGCUAAAUAUUUGACUUGUCUGUCUGACAUGGUUUGAAAUGCAGCUGGGAUCUUGCUGGGCUUCCACAAGGAUACUCUGUCCACCCAAGCUAAUAAUAAUUUUCUUGCAAAGCAGAAUCAGCUCCACAAUAGAGUGGAGUCUGAGCGACUCUGCUGCUGAUGUCCAUCAGUGUUGUAAUAGCAGCACGUGGGUGAUACCUGGUGGUGGUGUGGGGGGUCUGGAGCACAUGUGGGGGGAGCAGAUGUGUGUUCCUUUGGAGAACUCAGGCUCAGGGUGGAUUUCACUUGUGAUUGCAGGUUUAAUCAGAGAUGAGCAUGUUGAGUGAUACUUUGGUGUUAACCAAAACUGACAUACUCCUGAGCAAGAGGAAGAACUUACAGAUGAAAGGGAAAUGAUAAAUGAGAGUUUUUUACAAAUGCUUUAUUGGGUCACCAAAACAACUAACUGCAGUUGCAUCUGGUUCAAAACUAGCCCUAGCUAAAAGAAGACAUGAAAACAAUCAAAAUAUGGAUGUGUAUGUGUAUAGAUUUUGUAGAAUAAAUUGGGAAAAAUGACAGUCAUGAGUAAAACUUAACAAAUGCAGGCAUUGACAAAGGAAAUUAAAAAUUUUUCUGAGAGGCAUCAUGGGCCAGCAAUACCAGAAAAAUUCUUCAGUUUUUUUGGUGUCUUGGAAUCAAUGUGAAAUCAAAGCAGCAGUAAAGUCAAUAUAAGGUAAGAAUGAAAAAAUGUGGAGAAAAUAUGAUUAAUGUGUACUGCUGCAGUAUAUUAGGAAAAGGACAAAUCUGUUGAUGUCUUUCUCAUACAUUGAUGGUGAAAUGUCUCUUCCAGCAGCAUCUGGAUAGAAUUUCAAAAUGGCACUUAAUAGUGUUAAAUAAAUAAAACUUUGGAGGAAUCGUUUGUAUAAGACAAUCAAGAGGCUUAUCUGGAGGUCAGUGAUAUUUGUUCAUCUCAGCAUAUGAGUGGAGUUUGAGAUAUGUAGAAAAGAGCUUUUGGAUUGAUUUGAUUGAGGCAAAACCCAUUCAUUAAAUUGAGUAACUGUGACCUCGUCUAGCCUGUCACAACUUUUAGGCAAAAUCAUGAAAGAAACGAUGUGGUCCAUCAUUAAAAAGUGAUGAAGUGGUUAUGCAAAUGAAGUCUACCAGCACAAUUACACAUAACAGCAUUCUAUUUCCCUGUUGCUUUCUGCAGUUACCAGAUUGCCAUAGCAAGAUUUGGGCGAUUUUUAAAAUUCUUGCUGUUUUUGAAGGUCAGGUGCUCCCUAAGGAGUAGGUCCAUUCUUUCUCACUGAAAAUCUUUAAUUCAGCACUAGGUGCGAUUGUGAAAGAUUAGCAGUUGCUUAAGCCAAAUGGUUGAACUUAAAACAGAAUUUAAAGGGGAAGGUUGACUUCCAUUAUUGUUUUAAUAUCCUUAAUAUGUUUUUUUGGUUUCCUGGUGUUGUAGUAGGUGUGUAUUUAUAGCAGCUGUUCUCUUGCCGUGCGGCAGUGGCUGUAAGGUGUGUUUGGUUAACCAUUUCCCCUUGGUACUUUCGCAGUGGCGUCAGGUGCUAUACUUGGUUACAUUGUUCUGCCUUUGUCUCAGAUCAGGGCGGAGAUAGGAAGGCAGCACUCCUACACUGCACUCCUAUCGACACAUCCAUCUUGCCAGCUGAGUGUUGUUACAGCUACAGCAGCACCUGCAUUGCCAGUUCUGUCUGAUGGGGGUUUGGCAGGAGCUGUAGGAGAAGCAUUUAGUCAGUCUCGUGGUGCUUGUCCUCUGUGUCAUUACAGUAUUUAUUGGUGGCAGCAGUAGAGGGGACUGGCCUCCUCAGUGUUCUUCCAGGGUGCUGCCAUGCAGUAAUGUCUGGUUAAGGACCAGUGAGUUUGUUUGCUCCCAGGCCUGUCUGGGCUGUUCUCCACUGAUGGCAAAAGCAGCAGCCAGAGUGCCCCACGGCCAUGGCAAAUGCCCUUCCAGAGCAGAACUUGAGAGCAGGUUUGGAAGAACACUGUAUGGUGUUGGCUAAUCUGUUGUCCUAAAACCGUUCUCUGGCUGAGAUUUGAUUGUAAACACCUUCUGGGCUUGCAGAGGCCAUUUUGAGCUUUAGAGGGCACCUGUUUGUUCAUACUUUCUGCCACACAAGAUGACUUAUUUUGCUCCAGUUUACUGGAGUGUGUCCUUGGAAGCUUUUUCACAUUCUGCAUCUUCUCCAGGAAAGAAGCAUGUGAAAGAAGCAUGCAAAUAUACCUAAAAAUUGCUCUCUAAGUAAAUGUUCACAGUUCUCUGUCAGUCUUUUCUUGUUACCUGCUGUUUGCAUACCUUGUGGUCUGGACAAAUUUUCUGCCUUAGAGGCACUUCUUUCUGCAGUACUUUUACUUCUAUUAGUUUCCUUUUGGUUUUGGAGAUGUGUAGCAGAGACCAUUUCAGUCACUUGAAGCAGUGUCAGGAGCAGAGAAAUGGGCUAAUGAGUUUCUUGUUUUCAGUACAGGAGAGCUGGGUUUUGAAGCUUACAAGCCAGCCUUUUUAUUGUCAGAAUCACUGUUUUCUUUCUUACCCUCUUAGGGAACCAGGAACUCACGGUUUGAAAUUUUUAUGACAAAUUUCAAUCUAAGAGUUGGGUUUACAUAACUUUGCUUUCCAGUCAGAUGUUAAAAGGUGGCAAAACGAAAACCCCCAAUUAAUUUAAUUAGUGUGGGAAACCAAAACUUAAAUGAAAAAAGGCCAUCUCUGUAAGAAAUAGAGUCAGUCAAUAGAGACCUCUAGUGCUUUUCUGGAUGCUUUCUGGCAAGGGUGACUGGAUGGCUAAAAAAUCAUAUAGCAGUUAGGUUUAAAUGAGACAAUGGGAAACCUCUGCAGCUUUGGAAAAACAUACUCCAGCCUGGCUCUAAGUAGGACAUCAGGCUGCGCAUAAUGCUGAACAGAGAAAAUCAACUCCUUGGUGAUUAACUUGUGUUGUCUUUUGCUGUAGGAAUCUUUUGAAGCCAGCAAAAGUUAGGACUGCAGCAUUGGCCAUUGCUCUAGAAAUGCUUUAUUUCAAGAUAUGAUCAUCCAGAAAUGCAAGCAGUGGAUGGUGGGAGUGACACCCAGGUUACUGAAGACUGAGCUGAGCCAAGGACCACCCUGUCAACACUCCAUCUCUGUGCCACAAAAAUUGGCUAGAAAUUUCUUUCUGAGACAAACACUUGAAGAGCUUUCAUCGAGUAAGUCACCCUGAAAUAGGAACAAGUCAGUAGCAUCUAUCACCUGUACAGGAUCCACAGAAGGAGUGCCUGACUGCAAGAGCUGAAAGUGAAGGUAGAAUGUGGGAUCGAUGUGACUAAAACAGUGGUGGUAUCUUGAGAGUUCAGUCUCCUUUUUCUAAACAACCAUCUUAAAAUAAAUGAUGUGAUGCCCUCCAUUCACGUUGCAGAGGGAGCAGAACCCCUCUUACCCUUCAAGAUUAAUCUAAAGAGGCAAUAUGUGUACAAGCCCGUUUUUGGGUGGGUGUGAAGGUUUAUUCCAUGACUGACCAAACAGUUUUCUAUAGAGAAUAAACUGGCAGUGUUAGACUGGAAAGGAGUGAUUGUGGUGUUUCGUUUUUCUUACCAGAAAUACCUACAGUAUUUUUACACAGGGUGGAAGUUUCCAUAUGAGGCUACAGGCAGCUCUACUGGUGUUUGAACAGUAAAAAACAAAGGUUUUUGUUACUAAACGUGGCCAGGCAAUGACUGAACAAACUGAUGAACCCUGAUGUCAAACUUCUCACAACCUUUUUCUCUACUAGAGUUCUCUGCCCAAAACCACUGUAGGACCUCCAUCACUGAAGACACUCACAACUCAACUGGGCAUAACAUGGGCAGCCUCAUGUCAUGUUCCACUGGCUCUGCUCUGAGCAGGCAGUUGGCCAGCAGGACUGCUUGAGGUCCUGUGUGGUAUGAGCCAGUCCCAGUUUCUUUGCCUACAGAACACUGGGCCAUUUUCGAGUGCUACACAUUGUGGAAGGAGAAAUUCAAUGCUGAAGUCGUACGAAGAAGUUUAGAAGUCCAAAACACUUUUGAGUAUGCAGCUAUGAGGGGGAAAAACAAGUCCAAAGCUGAUGGCACUUGUACACACCUAGGAGAUAAUGGCCUAUACUCCCAGUACAUCCAAGGCAGUACCAUUAGUAAAGGGCAGGUGUAUGGUUUUAGCAGAGGGCAGCAGUAUAAUGAAUACUGUGAUGCAGGCAUGCUGAUUCAAGCUGUCCAUUCUUCUUCUCUUUCCUAUGCCUAACAGAUAGCUGUGAUGAGAGGGGACACACUGCCGUAGAAUAUUUCUGAAACCAGUAAGCAGGUGAAGCAGUGUGUGCAAGGUGUACAAUCUAUCAGCAGUCCUAGAUAGAGUGGGAAGGGAGAACUGAAAAAAAGUCUUAAGUAAAGCUCUU